AUGGUCUCCUACAACGCGAGCGUUCCGCUUUCAUUUGACUUUAAGCUUCCCGAAGACUACUUCAUUUUUCUCUUCCAUAUCAUUUUCGCUACGAGCGCGGUCCUCCUCGCGGGCUCAGUGGUCAUUGGUAUCUUGAGCACGAGGAGUCUUCGGCGUCAGAACAGAUUUAUUUUCAUGCUCAACACCAGCAUUAGUGACACUCUUACCGGGUUUUCAGUUUAUUAUCUUGGACUAUUUGAUGUACAGGAGGGAUAUCCGUCAAGGAACGGUACAUACUACAUUCUACCUUCAUUUCUUGGAGUAAACAUCCUUACUUUUCUGUUUGCACAGAUUGACCGCUACAUCGCCGUUUGCCACCCGUUCUUCUACAGUCGAUACAUCUUGCGACCGCUUGUCAUUGUAAUUUGUUUGUUUUGUUGGUUUUACACAUAUAUUAUUGUGACAGUGCAAAACGUCGUUCCCAUUUCGAAAGCUGCGCAAAUACACGCAUUUGGCGUCAUGACUUUACAACUAAUAGUGCUCACUAAAGUGCUUAUGACUAUAAAGUUGUAUGUGAUCGCCAGGUAUCAGCUUGCACGAGACCCACCGAGCGCCGAGAGGGAGAGCAAGAAGGAGUCACUGAGAAUAAUAGUAUUCGUGGUCAUCAGUUUCUUGACGCUCUGGUGUCCCUCCUUCAUCAACAUUAUUGCGAAGCAGCUGACGAGGCACGGCCUGAAAUUCAGGAACGAGGCCACCAACCUCUUCGCCAUCAUGGCGCGGCUGAACGCGCUGAGCACGCCGGCGUUGUACAUCUGGGGCAGUCCCGCGCUGCGCAGAGCGGUGAAGAAAACCGUGUGGCAGAGGGUGUGCCCACCGCGGACGACAAGAAUAGAUUUUUCCCGUGAACGGUGCGAAAGCGACGGAGCAGAAAUAACCAGCACGUGGAAGGGUUCCAGUAAACCGUGAACGUGUGGGAGGAACCACGCGCCGGUGCCGCCGCUCAUCCGAAAUCACAGGCAGCACCUCUCCACGGUGAUUCCAGGCCGGACCACCAGCCGUGGCUCCCUGGACCUGCCACCAGACUUCCCCUCCAUCCGUCAUGUUCCGGAAACAGCUCAGCUCCCAUCUCCUCCCUGAUUCCAUGUUCCCGUCUUACACAUCAUCCCACUCGACUUCAGCUUCUCCUCCAAACAUACCUGCAUA